AUGGAGCUCACGCCGGACUUCCUCCACACCGCCACCGAGUCCUACAAGGCAGAGAUACGCGCCGUCGACUUCGCUGAGGAUGAGGUCAGGGAGGAGACCAGGAAGGAGAUCAACCAGUGGGCGGCGGCGGAGACGAACAAUCUCAUCUGGGAGUUCCUGCCGGAGGGUUCAUUGACCGACCACUCGAGGUUCGUGCUCACCAACGCCAUCUACUUCAAGGGCGCGUGGGAGACCCGCUUCCCAGAGAACCUCACCGAGGACCAUGAGUUCCACCGCCUCGACGGCGCCGACCCCGUCGACGUCCCCUUCAUGACCCUGCCGGGAACAUGCGAGCUCUUCGUCUCAUACAAUGAAGGCUUCAAGGUGCUCAAGCUCCCCUACAAGGCCGGUGAUGAUGCCAUGUCGCGGUACUCCAUGUGCGUCUUCCUCCCGGACGAGGACGACGGGCUGCACGCCAUGGUCAGCACUCUUGCGGAUAUGGGUGGCUCCCUGCUUGACCACGUGCCGAAGCUCCGAAGCAGAGUGAGGGAGCUUAUGCUGCCCAAGUUCAAGCUGUCAUUCUUUUGUCGUCUCGCCCAAGUCCUUCGAGGCCUAGGGCUUCGGGAGGCGUUCACCGAGGAGGCCGCCGACCUGUCUGGCAUCAUGGACAAGAGCGUCUGUGACGUGCGCUUGGACGAGGUGUUCCACAAGGCCGUCGUCGAGGUGAAUGAGGAGGGCACCGUGGCGGCUGCCUGCGCCGCCGUCAUCGGCCGCAAGAAGAAAUGUGCAAUGAGGUUGGAGUUCAUCGCCGACCACCCUUUUGCGUUUUAUAUCGUGGAGGAGGUCUCAGGGGCCGUGGUCUUUGCCGGUCAUGUACUGGACCCUUCUAGCUCACCGUAA